UCACGAUUCUUUUUAUGCAGAAAUGUAUGUUUAUUUUAUGUUAUUCUGUUUUUUCACCAGCUUUGCAUUUGUUUAUGUAAUCUUACACUGUUUGCGUUCCAUGACCAAUUAGGCUAUUUUAAUAGGCUGGUCAAAGCCACACAUUAACUUCUAGCAGUUGCUCUCAUGGGUUAUUUAGUUAUAAGCAAUUAUAAUACAGUUAUAAGCACUUACACCGGAAAAGGUUGCAAUAAAUGCAGCUAAAUUGCUGAAACACACGUAGAACAACAAACACACGUAGAACAACAAACACACACCUCACUUGUAUAGGCUAGAAAGCCACACACACUUGUGGCCACAUUCCUCAGCGAGGCUGGUUCCUAUUGCCUGUGAGUCGGUAAGUUCUCACAGGAGACUCUUUAAUCCAACGGAAAUCUCCCGGCAGCCCGCUUAACUAAUGGACUCGCGUUAGGCUGUACCGUGCGCGCGCUGGACGCACCGCUCCUAUUUUUAAGCGGUAGAGGUGUGAACCCCUUCUACCCUUUCCUCAAGCUAUACAGACUGGACGCGUCUCGUUUCCACUGCUCGCGCUCCACCGUGUGGGAGGCCGACACACAGUCACACUCUCCUCUUUCUCUCUAAAAAUACCCUUCUGUUCGAGUGGAGAGUUCAGAUUCCCUCGUUCUGCACCGCGUGGACGCAGACAGUGGCUGGCUGAAUGGAAAGUCUGAAGCGAAAAAUAUCUCGCGGUUAAAAAUACACGCACAGACAGAGACCGAACCCUCAGCAUGGGCCGGGAGUGACGCCUGGUCCCUAAUGCUGCAGCCGUCAGUGGAAAAAACGUCCACCAGAGUCACCGUCCCCCUCGUUCUUACCGGGAAGGGAGGUUUCCCCGAUCACCGGGAUAUCAUAUCUCUACUGACGUUGGGUCGGAGGGUCGCUGUUCACUCUCUACAGACCGUUAGUCCGGUGGUUUUAUAUUACUUAAACGGUUUAAAUUGACAAUGUGGAUUUAAACGGUGACCGCUAAAUAACUGUCACGUUUCCAAUUGGACGUAAUGGCACAUAUUGUUAUUGUGAAGUGAAGGCCUAGCUUUUAUUUUUUAUUUCGGUGAGAAAUUAUUGUGUUCUGUUUGAGCGCAUGGUGGAACAACGCGCUAUAGGACCCUGUGCAGAGGAGACAGAAAAUGUGCGUGUGUGUUUAUGUGUGUGUGUGUGUGUGUGUGUGUCUCAUUCUCGCUAUCUCCCACUGAAGUGGUGAUCAUGUCGUGUGUCUCCCGGUAAAGUAUUUAUUUUGUAAGCUUCUGACAUGUCACUUUCCCGGGAUCUCGUGGUUAACGGAGAACAGACCACGCUCGCCUGAAACUCUUCUAACGGAAACAUCAAUAGGAAUCAGUGUACUGAUGAGAACAGGGCCAUGGGCGAUGCUUGUCCUCAGAAGAUGACCAUCUCCAAGAGGUAUCUUCGUCUUCUCCUCCUCAUCCUCAUUCCUGUGCUCAGUCUGCUGACCUGUGUGCUGGUGAUUCCUCUGGUCCUUUCAGGAAUCUUUGGGAAUGGUGUUUUUUUAGGAACGGAGUCAGGAGAGCCGGACGCUCUUUCCAGUUCGGCAUUCCCUCUCUCCACGGACACGCCGCUUACCGGGACCCCUCCCGUUAACCCUGACACCCCCGGACCCCGUCUCCCUGGCAACGGGGAUAUGCCCGGGUCCGCAGACCAUCUGGAGCGCAAACGCAACUUAAAUCAAUCUGAGUGGGAACUGCACACUGACAGUACUGUGACCGCACGCUCCUCUUCCUCCUCUUCCUCGUCAACUUCUCCCCCCACCACUGUUUACAUGGCCCCUCCUGACUGGGUGACUUCCAUACUAUUACUAAGCAGCCCCUGGCCAAUCAGCACCACCCAGGACCCUUCAAGUCCCACCUCUCACCAGGCAGGUUGUCUGGAGAUCUCUGAGGCCCAGUGUUCCAUGCUCCCCUACAACCUGACCUCCCAGUCCCCGGCCGUAGCAGUGGUCAGGUCCUCGGAGGUCCAGAUGUUCCUCAAGUUCUUCUCCUACCUUCAUCGUCUGGGCUGUUACAGACAUAUCAUGCUGUUUGGCUGCACCCUGGCCCUCCCAGAAUGCAUCGCUCCACAAAAUGGUCAACCCAGGCGUGUGGUCCUGCCCUGUCAGUCGUUCUGUGAGUUGGCCCGGGAGGGCUGUGAACCUGUUCUCCAGCUCUUUAACGCGUCAUGGCCGGACUUCCUGCGCUGCUCCCAGUUCACCAACAACGCCGCCAGGUCGUCCGUUCCGCCGGGGUCAACAGAGCCUCCAUCAGCAGGUUCAGAGGUCAGCUCAGGUUCAGGGGUCAGCUCAACCCUCAGCCCUCCAAGCCCCACCCCUCCCGGGUGCUUUUCCCCCAGGCAGGUUAAAGGCCAACCAUCUGUAUGUGGAAGCCAUGACCACUUCCUGUGUGCGACGGGAGUUUGUGUCCCCAGGAAACUGGUGUGUAACGGAUACAAUGACUGUGAUGACUGGAGCGAUGAGACAGACUGCUUCUGUGAAGAGGAGGAGUUUCACUGUGGGACAGGACGCUGCCUCCCUCCCUCUCUGGUGUGUGACGGGUAUGAUGACUGUGGAGAUCUCAGCGACGAGCACAGCUGUGUGUGUGACCCAGUCAAAGAGCAUCGCUGUGGAGACGGGAGGUGUGUCACUAAGGAUUGGCUCUGUGAUGGAGAUCAUGACUGUCUAGACAAGAGCGAUGAACUCAACUGCUCCUGUAAGUCCCAGGGUCUGUUGGAGUGUGUGACUGGUCAGUGUGUCCCCAGUGCUUUCCGCUGUGACGGAGAGGAGGACUGUAAAGACGGGAGUGACGAGGAGAACUGCACUUCCCAACACACUCAGGGGGCGUGUUCUCCAGGCCUGCCCAGCUGUAUCUCUACUCCCGGAGCUACACUGUGUGACACACGCAACAACUGCAGUCGUUGUGAGCCCAUUACGUUGGAGUUGUGUAUGAAUCUUCCCUACAACAGCACCACGUACCCCAACUACCUGGGUCACUCCACCCAGAGAGAGAGCUCUGGUUCCUGGGAGGCGUCCCUGUUUCCUGCCCUGGUCCAGACCAACUGCUAUAAAUACCUCAUGUUCUUCGCCUGCACCAUGCUGGUCCCCAAGUGUGAUGCACACACACACCAGAGAGUCCCCCCCUGCAGGUCGUUAUGUCGUAACUCUAAGGAGCGUUGUGAGUCGGUGCUGGGGGUUGUGGGUCUGGUGUGGCCAGAGGAUUCCGACUGUAACCAGUUUCCUGAAGAUGGACACAACGUCACCUGUCUUCUCCCAGACCCAGAUGUAGACGAGUGUUCUCCGAGCCACUUCAAGUGUCGUUCAGGAAGGUGUGUGUUGUCGUCUAAACACUGUGACGGACACAUGGACUGUGAUGAUGACAGCGAUGAAGACAACUGUGGUUGUGUGGAGCGUGGUCUCUGGGCAUGUCCUGGAACCAGGCAGUGUAUUAAACACACUAUGAUCUGUGAUGGCUUCCCAGACUGCCCCCUACUGGAGGAUGAGAGGAACUGCUCUGUGUGUAACGACAACGAGCUGUCCUGCAACAACCACCAAUGUGUUCAUCGGACUCUGUGGUGCGACGGGAAGAAACACUGUUCUGACAGUUCUGAUGAAUGGGACUGUGUGUCCCUGUCUGAGGGGUCGAUCCUAACGGUGUUCAGGACUGCAGUAGACUACCAGGUCUGUGCUGAUGACUGGACCGCAGAGCUCAGCCAACUGACCUGCUCCCAACUUGGACUAGGAGUCCCAGCGUCUGUAGCGCUGAUUCCUGACCCCCCCGGGGUUCCUGGGAGGAGGAGAUGGCUUCAUGUCCAUCCUGACUGGAGACAGAGGAACGGGUCUGCUCUACAGGGUCUACUGGAAAAGAGAGGACAUGCCUGCUACUCCAGGAAAAGAGUGUCUCUACAGUGCACCAAAGAAGACUGCGGCUUGCGUCCUGCGGCACGGGUCUAUAAGCGUAUCCUGGGAGGCCGGGUCUCCAGGCCUGGACGUUGGCCCUGGCAGUGCUCCCUCCAGUCAGACCCUAGUGGACAUAUCUGUGGCUGUGUCCUCAUUGGGAAGAAAUGGGUCCUCACUGUCGCUCACUGCUUCGAAGGACGUAACUCUGCUGACUUGUGGGAGGUGGUCCUGGGUAUUAACAACCUGGACCACCCGUCCGUCACCAUGCAGACCAGAGGCGUGGCGUCGGUCACCGUUCACCCCCGCUACACGCGUGCCGUGGUGGACUACGACAUCAGCGUGGUGGAGCUGGACCGGGAGGUGGAGAUCACCGGCUAUGUCCGGCCGGUGUGUUUACCAGAACCGGGCCAGCUGCCCGUGGCCGAUACCUACUGUUACAUCACAGGCUGGGGACACAUGGGGAACAGGAUGCCCUUUAAGCUGCAGGAGGGGGAGGUGAGAAUCAUCUCUGUGUCUCAGUGUCAGAGUCAUUUCGACAUGAAGACCAUCACCAGCAGGAUGUUGUGUGCUGGCUACGAGGCUGGAACCGUGGACUCCUGCAUGGGUGACAGUGGGGGUCCUCUGGUGUGCGAGGAAGCUCGUGGUGGGAGCUGGACCCUGUAUGGACUGACGUCCUGGGGCAGCGUGUGUUUCUCCAAGGUCCUGGGCCCUGGGGUCUACGCCAACGUCACACACUUCACACCCUGGAUACACAGACAGAUCUACCUACACACCUUUCACCUGCUCUGACACACACACACACACACCCUGGAUACACAGACAGAUCUACCUACACACCUUUCACCUGCUCUGACACACACACACACACCCUGCAUACACAGACAGAUCUACCUACACACCUUUCACCUGCUCUGACACACACACACACCCUGGAUACACAGACAGAUCUACCUACACACCUUUCAUCUGCUCUGACACACACACACACACACACCUUUCACCUGCACUGACACACACACACACCUUUCACCUGCACUGACACACACACACA